CUCGCUCCCACCCCGCCGGAGGAAGUGCUGUGUUGGGCGCUUCCGGUUGUUGUCUGUCUGGUCGUGUGGCGACUGCGUGGAGGCUCUCGGGGCGUCGGCGCCGCCAUGGCCGGCAUCAAAGCUCUGAUCAGUUUGUCCUUUGGGGGAGCGAUUGGGCUCAUGUUUUUGAUGCUUGGAUGUGCCCUUCCACUAUACAACCAAUACUGGCCCCUGUUUGUUCUGUUUUUUUAUGUCCUUUCUCCUAUUCCAUAUUGCAUUGCAAGAAGAUUAGUGGAUGACACAGAUGCCAUGAGCAAUGCUUGUAAGGAACUCGCCAUAUUUCUCACAACUGGCAUUGUUGUCUCUGCUUUUGGACUUCCUAUAGUGUUUGCCAGGGCACAACUGAUUCAGUGGGGGGCUUGUGCCCUGGUUCUCACGGGCAAUACAGUCAUCUUUGCAACGAUCCUUGGGUUUUUCUUGGUCUUUGGCAGCAAUGAUGACUUCAGCUGGCAGCAGUGGUAAGAAGGAACUUGGUUACCAGACUCUCCUAACGCGAACCUCUUGUCAUUUGGUGGCCAUCCAUGCCAUCCAGAAGCUGGAAGAGAAGAGGAGACAGUCGAGCAGGUCCCAGGUGGCUGGUCUUCUGGGGACAGACUCUACUCGCUGCUGCUGGGUGGGAGAGCAUUUCCACAGUGACUUGCUAAAGGGUUCACAGACUUGUUUUUUUAAAGCUAGGGUGGACUCCUCUGCUUUUCAUGGAGCCCUGCUGAGUUGGGACGUCCAUCUUAAGUGUUGUCCCUGUUCAGUGUUAGCUCCAUUGGCCAUGCCCCUGCCCCCUUUUUAAAGGAAUAAAGCACUACUUGAGUAUGCGAAAGUAAUGCCUGCCCUCCAAAGGCCACGGUCCUGGAAUCUAGGUCCAGUUUAGUCUCCAGAAAUCAUCUUCAAUUCCUAAAUAGCUCCUGUGUUAUAAAAAUGACGUGCUUGUUCAGACAGGAUGACGGUUCCCAUUGCCGAAUAGCCAUGUUGAUGAUGGCACAAGUGGAAGAAAACAUGACAAGUGCCGAAGAAUCCACAGCUGGCCAUACCUCAGUGGGACUGAUAAGUCUUAGUGGCCAGGCCCAGGUUGGGGGUUCUACCCAUGACAGGUGUUUGAGUCAUGAAAGAUUAUUUUUGGAGUUACUCAGAAGGAGUGUUUGUUGCUCCUUUAAUUAUUUCCUCAUUGAACUUCUAUGCUGGAGAUGUGAGAAAAGAGAUCUUUUAUGCCUGGUUUUUAUUUGUGUUUCUUGUGGUUAUAAAUAGAUUGAGCUACAUUGUGGGGAGCAACCAGUGUUGCAAUUCCAUUUUUAAAGGCCUGUUUCUAUUUAUAUGUAAGAUUUUUGAUCUUGUCAGCAGCCUUUCAUGUUUUACUCUAGGUAAGAUGGAUGUUGAUGGCACUACUGAUGAUUAAAAAGUUUUAUGUUUGCAGCAUCUAGAAAAGAAAGCCCUCCCUCUCCCAUGUCCCUUUUAAAAUUUAUUUUAUACAUAGUAUAUCUUAACUAAAAAUACUUUUCAAAUGUAGUUUAAAUAAUACUAAACGACCAGGAUUGCCAUCCUGUGUAGUCAAAGCAUUACAUUUUUUCUCUUUGCAAGUCUUGAAAUGAUUUCUCAAGUGAUUUGUCAGUCUUGCAGCUCUCAUGUUAAUAAUCUUCAUGUUUAGUCGAUGACAAUUGUAGUUUAGUGUUCUGUAAUGUUAGGUCACAUGUAACUUAAUAUUUAAGACAAGUUUCCUGCUUACAUCUUGGCAGUCUGAUAGCCAUCCUGUCAGACUUGCCCCUUCCUUAAGCAUUCAUUUUGUUGUGUAUUCAAUUCAUGUAAUGUCAUUGGCUGCCUCUAUUGCCAUUUUAGACACAAAUCUAACCCACAAAAUGCUCAGCUGCAUAUCUCAUUCUUAACCGAGCUUGAUCAAAUUGUGUAUGUGUGUGAGAAAAACAGAGAGACACAGAGAGAGAAAGUUUACCUUUUGAUGUAUUUGAUGCCUUAGUGUACUAGGCACAUAAUAAUUGUUAAAUUGAAUCUUGAAAAACUUUGAGAUUCAUCAACAACUAUUCUGUUAGUUGGUUUUUUUUUUUUUUGUUGGUUUUGUUUACUCACUGUACUGAUGUAUAUACAUAAAAAUGAGUUCAUUCUUAGACAAUGGUGAAUGAUCAUGAUAGUUACUAUUUGCUUUUUUUUUUUUAUCAAGUUUAUUCCUGAAGGAAGUGGGAACAGAUGUUGGACAUGUUCAGCUUAUUCCUAUAGAUAUAUAAAAUCACCUUGCAUUGUUUUUCUUGCUAGGAAAUGAGCAACAAGAUCAUAGGGACAGCUGACCGAGAGUACACUGUGUACCUAGAAAGUUUUUAUGUGACUCCCUACCAUUGUGGCCCCUUGCCCCUUCAGUGGGGCUGAAAAUUACCUACAAUGUUAAAAUGUGUCUGACCCCUACUAGUCCAAGAAUGCUGAGUAAAUAUGCAUUAGACAACUGUGGAUGUGAUUGAGAACUUGCCAUGCCUUGUGAUCCCCCCACCCAGUCUAUGAAACUUUCCCAUUUUCUGUUAUUCCUCUUAGGUGAUGUCAGGGUGGCUCAUUGCUCCCUCCUGUUUAUUUCCUUGGCCAUACGUCUUUUUUCUACCUGCUGCACACACUUCUUAUAUAUUAAUGGCAGUGGGGGCAGCAGCAUUGUGUCUCAGAGCUUGCUCACUAGGCUUGAUAUAGUGCUGCUGCCACCUCUGGUUUCUAGACUAAGAUACUUAACAUGUGGCUUUUCCAUAAAAUAUGCAUUGAUAGAGCAUUGCUGUCCAAGAGAGGGAAAACUUUUGAUGACAAAACAAUAAAGAUUUUAAGUUCUUGUU